AUGUAUGACAUGUUAAGUCCACUUGGACCGAUCCUGCUGGCUCUGACAGCAGCGACGCCGGCCUACAAGGGCUUCCUUGCAGAAACAGACGUGAGGUGGAACCAGAUCAGUCGAGCUGUAGACGAUCGUACACAAGAGGAGUUGGGAGAGAAGGUUGGCAUCUCUAGAUUCUAUAAGGAAACAUUGACUGACAACUCGCAGCCCCUGAAAAACGACAGAUGGAGGAUCCCCAAGUCCCGUUAUGCAUCAAACUCAACUUACAUCUCUACCGACCCACGUCUGCGUCCAGAGUAUCUUGACCCUGACCUCAUCAUUGAUGAGGCCAUCAAGGCUCAGCUCAUCGAGGGGGGCAUGGAUGACCGACUAGCAACACACUUUGCUCAUCUAUUCAUCAGGGACCCCAUCGUGAUCUUCUCGGAGGACCUCAAGGAGCUUGAUCUUAACAAGACAGAUCACUUUGAGAAUAUUCAGUCCACGAACUGGCAGCACAUGCGCUUCAAGCCACCACCAGCCGAUAACAGCAUUGGGUGGCGUGUCGAGUUUCGGCCGAUGGAGAUCCAGAUCACAGAUUUUGAGAAUGCGGCUUUCACUGUAUUCAUCGUUCUGAUCACGCGGGUCAUCCUGUCCUUCGAUCUGAACUUCUACAUCCCUAUCGUCAAGGUCGAUGCGAACAUGGAGACUGCACACGCCAGAGACGCCGUGCUCCAGGAGAAGUUCUACUUCCGCAAGAACCCCUUCACCAGCCGGCCACCACGCAACAGCGGCCAGAGCGCAGGACCCAGCGGGACCAACACACCCAAUGUCUUCAGCAGGCCUGCCACCCCGACCGGCCCUGUCGAGGCAGAGUACCGCCUCAUGAGCGUCAACGAGAUCAUCAACGGCACGGAGUACGCCGGCGUAGAGACGGAAGACGGCGACAGCUUCCCUGGUUUGAUCCCACUCGUCGAGAGCUACCUCGACAGCGUCAACGUCGAUGUACAGACACGGUGCGAGAUCUCCACGUACCUCGACCUGAUCCGGCAGCGCGCAAGCGGCGAGCUAUGGACGGCCGCCAAGUGGAUCCGGGAGUUCGUAGCCUCCCAUCCGGACUACAAGGCCGAUAGCGUGGUCUCGGAGGCAGUCAAUAAAGAUCUAGUCGGGGCGGUGAUCGACAUUGGCAAGCAGGAGUGUGCCGGAAAGGGGUUUGGGCAAUUAGACAUUCCAGGACUAGAUCGACUUCUGGGAAAGUUCCGACGGAACUGCAAAGGGGUUUAG